UUUCAUUUUCAGUCUCAGUUUGGCCGUGCCGUCGUUUGGACGCGUAAAACCGGUAGUCGCGCGCUAGUUAAUCGCAGUCACUAACGGAUCCACGUGUGCGGGAGUGGGUUUGUGUGCGUGUGUGUGCACAUAGUUGUUGCAUCUCUUUACUGCUUGCAGCAGCAUAUCAGGAGGGCAAUUAUCAACACAAUCAAACAACAAAAGUAACACAAAAAGGUGGAAAAGAAGAAUCUUCUUGAGGAAGAAGUUGAACGAGAAGAAGAUUCAGAAGUGUAGUUGUUGUGUUUUGUUGGAAGAAGUCGUGGCAUCAGAAUAUUUUUGUGGAACGAAAUUACGUUGCAAGUGAGCCAAGUGAGAGCGAGUUUUGGCGCGUAAUUCGGCGUGUUUCCGGUUGCUGCGUCGACAUAUCGACUGCGAAUCGAUACAAAAGAGGUUUCAAGAGCUCCAAAAACCAGUACUGGCUGUACUGUGCAACAGUUGGGACCUCCGCGCGGCUUGGCCGCUCCUUCCCCUUCGUGUGGAAUGUUUUAGUGAGCCUCUUCUGCGCCGUUUUAAAGCUGGAGAUGGUGGUAGUGGUGUAGCGAAUUCGCACGGAAGAUUUUUGCAAAUCAUAAGAAAUAAGUGCUCUGGCGAGACGAGUUCGAGUCCAAGCGCGGCAGAAAUCUAAAUCACGAAUCUCUUGAGCUGUUUGAUGAAAUACAGAUCGAAAAUAGCGAAAAUAAAUAAAACCGAAAAGUCUGUUUGAAGUGAGUUUCAUGGUGAGCUUGGUCGAUUAUGUGUAGUUGUGAGAUUUUGCAAAAAAAAAGGUGAAGACGUAGAGAUAACUGCUAAACCAGGUGAAGUGCUCGACGAAGAUCUUGUUGACUUGGUAGUUGAACGAGCGUGUGUUGCAAUUUAAGGUUAGUUGUUGAAAAGGAUUCUACUUGGAAGAUUAUUCCGGUGUCAAUUGAAGAAUACCACCAGCACCAUGUUGCACCUCGCACGUGUCCGAGUGCGCCUCGCCGCCGUCAUCGUCGCCGGUGGCCACCCUAACCAGUCCAACAGCAGCAGUCAGCAAACGUCAUAAAGUUAUUAUUGGAGGAAGAAGUGGGAAGCUGGCAAGUGGCGCGGCGUUGAUCUCCAACAAAGAAUUCUUCAAAUCUCCGGAAGAUGAAUGGUUCCGCGCGGAAUUUGUGUUGAAAUGAGAGGAAAAAUAACAAUUUGAGAGGGGAAACGUGAGGAAAAUCUUAACACGGACAAAGUGCUCGUCGAUCUUAUUUUUUUGUAGAAAGGAAAAAAACGAAAACACGACGUAGUCCUACGUCACGCAAAAUAAAAACAAAAAAUCUGACAAAACUCAUCAAAGCAACCUUGACCGCACGGCGUCCACAUCGCAGCCCAACCCGGUCUCAUCCCCGGUGACCAAAUUUCUUGGUCAAAAUUUUGAAGUUUAAAAAAACCCGGUACAAAAUGGCAGAGAAUGCCAGAAAUGGUGCUAACGGCGGCAGUGGCGUUGGAGGGGCCGGUGACGAUCCGCCCCGGCGGAACAGCAACAUGAACGGCAACCGGUCCAGUGUCCGCUUUGGCGGCUCGGAACCGGUCGGCAAGAAGUUGGCCCUGAGCCAGCGGGGCAGUAACGCCACCGACACGACCGACGAGGAGGCCAAGUUGCUCCAGCAGCAGCAGCAGAGCCAAAGUCAGUUCAAAGUGGCACCGGUGAAGGGGGGAGGGACUGAUAUUGGGGUGGAUAGUGGGGGUGGCGGUGGUGGGGAGGAAGAUUGUGCGGAAAAUGGGGAUCUCGUGAAGGGAAAGGAUGGGAUUGAAGUGUCGGUGAUUGAUAUCGCGGAAGGGGCUGGAGGAGGGGCGGCAGGGGCGCCUUUUAAGCCAGGGAAAAGCAAGAAGGGGAAUGCGGUGAAAGCUUUCUACGACCGCGUGCUGACCACGUUCGAGGUGUCGAAAAAAUCCGAACGCCCCUUCGUCACCAUGUUCCUGCUGAUCCUGCUGCUGGUGCUGGUCGUAGUCAUCCUGGCCGCCCUGUGGCCCCGCAUCCCGAGCUAUCUGACGAAGGAGGUCUGCCUGGAGGCGGAGUGCCUCGAGGCCAGCAAACAGAUUCUCUCGUGGGCCCGACCCGACGCCAGCACGUGCCGGCAGCCGUACGAGUGGGCAUGUGGACACUUUGAGGAAAAAUACAAAGCACACAAUUUCCACGGUGCCAACAAGGGUGAAUGGAACUUCGAUGCCUAUCAGGACUAUGAAGAAACGGCCGCCUCGUACGAGUUCAUCUCGAAGUUGCCAACGGUCGCGGUGUCCUAUUCGGCCCAGUACAUGAUCAAGAAGCUGCACCAGAUUUGCACCACGGUCGAAACGGGCAGCAACAACGAGGCCAUUUCGUCGCUGAAGCGCACGCUGAAGAACUUGGGUGGCUGGCGGAUGCUGCUCGGCUCCAACAAUCCCCACUGGGAUCUGCGCGAGAACCUGCAGAAGGUCCAGCCCAAGUACGGAGCGGCCCCUUUCUACAAGCUGGGCAUCGAAACGAGGAACGCGCCGCCGUACGACGUGAUCAUCACCGUCAGCGAGGGCGAUCUGGGACUGCCCAGCAAGGAGUUUUACACCCUCGGGGAAAAGGAUCCGGUCAUCGCGGCGUACCACACCUACCUGCGGGACAUUCUAGCGCACAUGGUGGCGUCGUCCACGACCAAGAGCCAGGAGUACGCCAAGAUGAUCUUCAAUUACGAGCGGAGGAUCGCGCUGGACGUGAUGGGAGUGCUGCGGGAGGCGGCUCAGGGGAAUGCGUCCCAGCCGCAGAUCCGGACGAUGCAGCAGCUGGCCGAUGAGGCGCCGUCGCUCCCCAUUCUUCAGACCGCCCAGGCCAUGUUCCGGCGCAAGAUCACUGAAAACACCCAGGUGCUGGUGAGCAGCCCGAUCGCGCUCAAGAUGAUCUCCCAGAUCAUCACCACCACCGACAAGGAGAUCCUGAACAACUUUGUCAUGUGGUCCGUGAUCCGGCACUUUGUCCCGUACAUGUCGCACAACUUCCGCCAGUCGCUGCUCGAGUUCGAGAAGGUGCUGUACGGGGUGGAGCACAAGCAACCGAUUUGGCACUUUUGCACCAAGGUCGUCCAGCAGUGGAUGCCGUACGGGUUGGAGGCGCUGCGGGAGAACCCGAAGCUGGUCGUGCACGACCGGGAGCAGCAGGAUUAUGGCGGUGGUGGUGGUGGCGAGGAUCGUCGUGCCGUUGGGAUGGAUUCAAUGGAUCCGUACCAUAGUUCGCGACAGGUUCAGGAGGUGACGGCGUACGACGAGGAGAUGGUUCGGUUGAUGUUCUACCACAUUCGGGACGAGUACAAGGGAGCGCUGAACAACGCCAAUUGGGUGAAUCAACAGCUGACGAAGUACAUCGCGGACAAGCUGUCCAUGAUGCGGGUUCAGAUUGGGAUUCCGGAGGAGCUGCUGAAGAGUGAGCGAACGGUCAACGAGUUCUACAACGACGUCGUGCUGGACGAGCUGCUGUUUGUGGACAACGUCGUGACGCACUGGGAGUUUGUGAAGAAGCGCAUGGACCGGAUGAUGGACAAUGGGACGGACAAUGAGAGAAUCGCUGCCGAGCUAUUCCCGCCGAGCACGUUCGGAUCGCGACGAACUCCAGUCGCGAACUUGAAGUACUCCGUCGGUCUCAACAUGGUCAUCAUCGCGAAGGAGAAAACCAGGGAGCCGUACUUCCACUACAAGUAUCCGCUCUCGCUCAACUUUGCCCGGCUCGGGGCGGACAUUUCGCUGGUGAUUCACGACGCCGUCAACACGCUGGCGGAGCAGUUUGGGAACGUGGAAGCGAGCCGGCAGCCGCGGCACAUCCGGGAGAACGUGUUCGACGAGGAAGCGCAGAAGUGUAUGACCAAAAAACUCCAGUCGAUCUACCUCAACACGGCCCACAUCUCGAACGCCACCAAACUGCACUCCUACCUGGAACUGGCCUCCACCUCGAUGCUCGCCCAGUCCUUCCAGUCGCUGCUCGAGAAGAUCGCCCGCAACGAGCGCCUCCCGGUGGCGGACAUUCCGGAAAAGUCCACCUACGCCAGCCUCGGUCUGCGCCACUUCCGGCGCCAGCCCGGCCUCCAGCGGUACGACGAGCAGCAGCUGUUUGCGCUGGCCUUCCUCCAGCGGCACUGCGCCGUCGUGCCCGAAGGUGGGGCACCGCUGCGCUUCAGCAAGAUCCUCGCCGACAAUGACAUUCCGAGCGCGGACAAGUUUACGCUGAUGUGGCGAAACGUGCCGGAACUGGCCGGAACGCUGGACUGUUCCGCGAGCAGUAGUGGGAGUGGGGAACAAAGUGGCCGCUGCGGGCGCGUUCUUUGAUUAGUGCGGCGGCCAGUCACCGCAGCGGCCCAGGUGGGCGCCACCACCACCACAAACCCCGGAACCGGUGGUUCCGGCGGCAGUCGAAAGCGUUCCAGCAAGAAGCGCAAAAAGCCCGUCCCGUCGGCGUCCUACUACGAUCCGGCCUUUACGUGGCCACAGUUUCCGGGGGCGCUGCCACAGUACACUCCUGGCGGUGGAGUGGUUCCGGAAGUGGUGGCCGGCGUGGAGGUUGGACCGAAGACGGCGACGGUGACGGCGGUGACAAGCAAAAGCGGUGAUAUCGUGUAUCCUAAAAUCGAUGUUAAUAGUAUAUUCUUCUAAGAGAAAAGGGAAACAGGAGAAAAUGUGGGACGAAAGGGACGGAAUGAACGGAAGCGGAAGCGAAACGAGAGCAUGAUCGAGCUGAGACAAAAACUCUAUUUUCGUACGAAAACAAAAAAAAACUGAAAUACUUUUAAGUUACGACGAGUCGCAUUACAGGAGUGUGAUUUCUGUUAAAACUCACUGAUUUUAAAGAUUAAAAAUUCCGUUCGACGCAAAAUGCCAUUACGAAUAAUUACACGAUCUGAUAAGUACUGAUAAUUUUACCUUCUAACCACGUAAGUUCCUGCUUGAGGAAUCUACUAGGCAAUUUCGUUUAACCAACUAACUUUGACACACUCAAACACUUCCAAACUUGUAAAUCGAAGAGAGAUAAAACAAUCAUGAAACGCUAUUUAAGAAAACGCAUAAAAUCGUUCAUUUUGAAA